UACAAACAAAAGGGGCCCCGAUUCUCGACGGAGGAGGAAAGGCAGAACGGAUAGAUGGCCAAUGUGAGCCAAUGAAAGCUCCGUAGGAUCUCGAUUGAGGACGAGAGCUGUCGCGUCCCCGUGAGCCCAGCUGCGGCACCUGUCGAGAACGAGAACGAGAACGCAAAGGGGUUUAGAAGAGUUCGGGUUGAAGAGAAGAAAGGCCAGCGGAGGAUUGAAUUGAAUUGGAAGCCAUGGCUGGGCCUGCAGAGAGCAGUGGUAGGGAAAUAACCGUGCAUGGGAAUCUACUACACAUUGAGAAUCCGUUGCAAAUUGCACUCAACCAAUUGCGUGACCACGUCCAAGCUCGGUUUCUGAGGACGAAUGUCGACUGGCAAGUCGGUGGAUGGCGUAGAAGGGAGAGAUUACAGAGUGGCAGGAUCGCCCUGAGGGGUGGGAAGUUUGCAGCCAUCAUUCCGGGUGAUUCCGUGGCGGAGGUCGUGAUAACUAGUGGGAUAUUUAGCUUUCUGAAUAUUUACAACACAUUACUCAUCACACGCCUUGUGUUGACUUGGUUUCCCAAUCCACCUGCCAUCAUCGCAAAUCCCCUCAGCACUAUCUGCGACCCGUAUUUGAACAUCUUCAGGGGUAUCAUCCCACCUCUUGGAGGCUCGAUCGACUUGUCUCCAAUUUUGGCGUUCUUGGCGCUGAAUGUGUUCACUAACACAGCCGCUGCUCUUCCAGCAGAACUUCCAUCGAACGGUGCCAUUGCCCAGAACCCUUCUUUGAGUAAGAUGACUUGGAGACAGAGAGCUCAGUUGAGAAAAGGAAAGCAGAUCAAGGAGGAUAAGUAAAUUGUGUCGUAGAAGCAAGAGGUCUAGUCCAAGUCUCCAGGGCAAAUAUUGGUUUUGACACGGACUUCUCACCGAUUAUGUCUCCCAAGGAAGUCAAAUCUCGACCGAAUGUUCCUAAUUUCUAGAGGUUGGCAUCCCUUUUUACAACAUUGACGUUUGUAGGUUCUUCUGAAUUUGAAGUAAAUAUAAUCGAUUCUUUUCACGGAGGUCGCCUUAAUUCUGUAGUUUUUUUCUGAUCAAUGUGUUAUCAUUGCACUCUUUGCGUUUA